GCGCCGCUAUUCGUAAAGAUAUAAUAGUAAUAAGUCUCACUCUAUCGUUCCAAAUUAUCGUAUGAGUAAAAGAAUAAGCUGCAAAAUUCACUGACUUUCUCUCGCUUGAAUAACAUAGGUAGGCGAGUUUGUAUGUACAAUUUUUAUACGAAUGAUUUGUAAACAUGGAGGCCAAGUGUUAUGUUGGACUGUGAAGUAUAUUUUGUGUUUUGGCUGCGCCUCACUAUAUUAAUCCAAUUUUAUGGUGUGAUCAUUACCAUGUUUUGAUGAAUCUGGUGGUUGAAAUGACGGCGUUCAUGCUUUUGUAUUUGGAAACAUCUUGACCAACCUUGAAGUAAAGAUGAGCACUGAUUUGCCAAAAGCCCACGACUCAAGUGGACAGACAGACUCAAACAGCAAUUCAGAGAACAGUAGCUCCAGUGAUUCAUCAGGCAGUGACUGGGAGUGCUCCAGUGCCAAACAGAGCUCGGCACGGAAACCGCACUUCUCGGUCACUUCAUGUGACACUGGACUGAAACUCAAAAUCGCAGCCAUACCGCCCCGCAAAGCAUCUGCCAAGAAAACGGUUAAACCAGCUGUCAAGAAAAAAUCAGACUUGAAACCAUUAAAAUCAGCAAAGGAACUGCCAAUAAAAAAGGGAAAAUCUCAACUAUCCGAAACAAGUUCCAGCUCUGACUCCUGUAGUAAAUGUUCAUCAGACUCUUCAAGUGAUGAUGACUUACCACUAAAGGCGGUUUCCAAGAACCUUACAUCUAAAUGUUCGCCACAGAAAGGCCAAACUAAACCAAGGAGUUCAACAAGCAAGAAUGAAAGUGAAGACGAGAAGAAAGUUAGUGGGGACAACAAAGACAAUUUGAAAAAAGACAAGAGUGUGUCUAAGAACAAUAAUAUUGUGAAAAAGACUAAAAGUGACGAUUCCAAUGAAGCCGUGAAGCGGGGACGAGGUCGGCCUCGAUCUAAGUUUGCAUCACCAGCUGCGGGUAAUGUCGCGUGCGGAAGCAGUUCAUCGUCAUCGAGCUCGUCGUCGUCGUCAUCUUCGUCAUCAUCAUCGUCGUCCUCGUCGGACUCGGACACAGCCGAUGCGGCCGGCGGCUCCGCGCACGCCUCCGCCGAUGACUCUAGCGCGGCGCUUGCAGCCGCCUGUCCCCUUCAAGUCAUCGACGAUGCGGACCUCGCGGAACUAUUUCCAGAGCAAACAUCGAGCGCGCCGGCGCAACAGCCCAAUUUCUCGACCUUUCCCGUUCACAACCCGCCGCCAGACAACGAUGACAAGUCUAUUGCAGACAACGGUGACGGGUCGAGUAGUGAAAUGGAGCUUACGCCUCAAAUUGUGACAGCUGCAAUUCAGAGGGCAACCGCGGACUCUUCGGGAUCCGAGAAUGAGUGUUCUAACUCAGACGCUGGUCAUCAGAGUACCACUCAUUACGCGUCAAGUCUAUUACAAGAAUUCGUAGCACGAACGCAGUUUUUGAGCAGUACAUCGCUGACACCUAUCGGCUCUACAACCGCACCGUCAUUACCUUGCGCUCUGAAUACCAACUCAAUUGACGGUGUUGGCACGAUAAGUGAUUGUGUACUUGGCCAAAUUAACAAUUUAUCUGAAAUACCGCCGAUUGCGCCGAACUUUUUAAAUACUGGACAACACUUGAGUCCACAACAAACUGAAGAACUUACGCAGAUAAACAAAGAUUUGGAGGAAAUCACAUCUGUUGCGGAUUCAGUUGAUUUACCCAUUCCUAAUCCCCCGAGUCUGGAAGACUGUGUCGACAACAACGAUUUCAUGAAUCUGGAUAUUUCCAAUGGAGGCUCGGAGUUGGGCAGUGCUGGUGAUUUGUUAAAAUCUUCACCACUAACUGUUGUUGGUGUCGAUAUUAAUCCGAUAAGUCGAAUAGAUACUCAAAAGCUUGAUACAGUUAGCACAAAUUCUGUUGAAUCUCAAGAGGACAUCAAGGAUGUUAUUGUAGAAUCAAGGAGAAAACGUGGACGGCCGCGGAAAGUGCGUAAACCUGAUGAAUUUGAAAGCAAAAAUUCGGAAUCUCAUAAGGAAGAUAAAUCUGCAGUCAAUGUUAUUAAUUUUCAUAACAAUAAUGAUCCGCCUAACGUUUCUCCAGAUUCUGGAAUAUUAUCUAAUCACAAUUCCCCGACACAUUCACCACUGAGGCGGCACGAAGUAGACGAAGCACAAAGUAGGUUAUGUAGAAAAUCCAUCCAAAAAGAAAACGCUACACGAGAAAGGCGGACAAUGAGAUCAAAAUCAAAAACCAGGAGCAGGAUCCAGACCAGGUCGGAUUCUAGUGACUGCGAAUAUCAGAAAAGAGUAGAAAACGAAGUGAAACAAAUUAAAACGGAAGCACCAUCACCUGUUCCACUCAAACAAGAGCAAAACAAAUUCGAGAAAAACAAAAGAAAUGACCACAAAUUAGAUAUUGCCGCUUUGGAUAGAAUGCUAUAUGCUACUGAUAGAGUGCUUUAUCCUCCCAGAAAGAAAACAAGUAGAAAACAACAAAGCAAGGCGAAAUCUUCAACAAAAAACUCUCCCAAAACAUUGAAAGAUAAAAACCAAUACGAAUCUGGUGAUAGUGAUGAUGAUUCUUUACCAUCCAACAGAUCUGUACUGUCAAGUGUUUAUGCAAAGCGUAAAGAACUUAACAGUAAACUGGCGAAUUUACCAAAAAAGAAUUAUAAGACAUUCGGUAAUGCCUGGAGAGACAAUCAGAGCGAAAACGAGGCUGCCGCGGACGAUCCGUUGGACCCGACGUGGAAACAAAUCGAUCUUAACCCGAAAUACAAAGACAUCCUGUCGGGAUACAAGAGUGAUCACGAAUUUAAACCGUAUAAAAGUUGUAGUCGUUUGAUAGAAUCAGGUUAUAAAAGCGAUUACGGUUGCAGAUCUGGUUAUAAAAGUGAUUACUACCGUUCAGGCUAUAAAAGUGACCAUAAAUCUGGUUAUAAAAGCGAUAAAUCUGGAUACAAAACAGAUUACAGUGUAAGAAGUAUGCGCCGACGGAUGAAAAAACUUAAGAAAACUAGAUCAGUGAGAGACAGGUCUUAUUAUAAGAAUCAAAAGCAUUUCGUAUCGGAUCAAGAAAUAACUUUACUAACAAAUAAAACUUUCAGCUGUUUAACGUUAGGCCACAGUUCCAGUGAUUCCGAAUGUGAAGGUUAUUUACGUAAAUCUACUGCUAGUCCGAAAUAUAUCAGUGUUUGCACUAAAUAUCCCUUGCCAGCGAAAUAUGAUUUUGGGUUCAAGAUCAACCAAAAACAUGUACUGAGAUUAAAUUCUUCAGACCCAUUUGCGCCCGGUCCAGUGUUCAGUGGACUGCAGCGACCGGUCACUACUUAUAACAUAUUUAAAGUGAGCCAUAAUAAUAACAACACUCUACUCAAAUCUCCUAGUAAAGCUACUUACAUAGGAAGACCGUUGCCGGCACUCAAACCCGCUUUUAAUCAUAAAUUUGGAGCAUCACCACUGAGUACACUUACAAAAUUAUCUGGAUCAAAGAAGGAAAAUGAAAACAGUUACAGAAAUUUUCCUAGAACUUUAUCGCCUAAAAAUCGGAAACAGACAAAAAAUGGCAGUACCUUAUUUCCAAAUACAACGAAAAAAGACGUCUCUCCGAAGCCAUUGCCUAGUAUAUUCGAGAAGGCGAAAAAUAUUUAUGUACCCAACAAAUCAUUAGCAAAAAAUGUAUUCCUAAAUUUCAAAAAGCCUCAUCUAAAGCCAUCAUUCCAUAUAAAAAGACACAGGAGAACUGUGGUUUUGGCACCACCGAAAAUAAACUUGAAACCGACGGAGAGACCUUCGCGCAUCACUAUUAAAACAGAGAAUAAACCCCAUAGACAUCGAAGUAAAAGAAGACAUCGUUCGAGGUCCGUUUCUAAAUGUAGAGAAUCAUACACAAAGACCGCCGACUCCGUUGAUCAAAAAUUCACGCAGGAGAUGGAUAAUCUCAUAUGCAGCUUUAUAAAACUUUGCCAAGUUGCUCCGAAACUGAUAACUACUGUUGCGCAAACUCAGCCCAAAGUUACAGAAAAACCAGUUGUAGAGGCAGCUCCAAACAAAGUGCUAAAGAGGGGUUCGAAAAAACGCAAAACGUCUGAUAAUCAGGAAGCUGCAACUCCAACAUCUAAAAGGCGACAUAAAAAACAACAAGCAGAAUCUCAGAGUAAGGGCGGGAAAGACACUAAUGAACAUAAACUGCCACUUAAAAAGCGGCAUUAUCAUAUUAACUCUUCGACAAGUAAUUCACUGAGUUUGAGCUUAGUCACCACUGAAUUUGACGAAACAUCAAAAAACGGUGCGAGCCCCGAGAAAUUUCUUUGUACUGAGACCGAUUGUUUAGGCGAAGAGACGAGUCGUUAUUCGGGCGAGUCACCAAAAACAAAGGCGUCAAAUGAAAAAGCAAAGAAAGGAGAUUCGAAAACUUCAGUUCAGACGAACAGCAAUCAAGAACAGAAAACUCAAGCUCUUGAUACUGCUGCUAAGAUAACCAAACCAAACAGCACAUCAACUGAUAAUUUAAUAAAGAUCAAUGACACAACGCCAACUAAAAAUCAGUCGCCAAAUUCAAUUACAACAGAUGACGAGUUAUUAAUAAAGAAACCCAGUGCAGAACAAUCAGAACUAUCGAAGAAGAUUUAUGAAACAUCAGAAAAGCUCAAGGCGGUUCACAAAAUGGUGCAUGAUUUGGAAAAGUCGUUACCGAAAGCUAAAGACUCCGAAGUUAAAACUGAGUCAAAUAAGCCAGAAACGCAGAAAAUGGCAUCACCUAGAUCUGAGGCAAAGUCGUCACCUACAAGGCAUUCUGCACCUAUAGUGACUCCGAAGAAACGUCAUAGAUUGGAAGCGGAUAAGGCUGCGUCGCACUCGAGCUUAGAUCAAGUUGUUCAAUCGCUAUCUAAAAAGCUAUCUGAAGAUAAAACAUCAAACGUAUCCGCUACGAAGGAUACAAGAGAUGAAAAUCAAAAUACUACUAAAGAUGAAGCGAAAGAACCAGAAAAGUUAGACUCAGUGCCCCAGUCACCUAACACGUCAUCAAUAAAUACUAAUACGACCAUUGAUCCUUUAAAAAGUAUGUCUGCACGAUCACUUUAUAAAAGUGCUAUACCACCAGCACAAAAAUCAGAGAUCAUGACCCGGAAAAAGAACAGGCUUGAAGGUUUAACAAGUAAUCUUGUAUCCAAGAUUAAUCCUAGUGCAGCUACAAAAGUUUUGGAUACCCUUUUGAAUAACAAUAUACGUAAAUCAAUUGAGUCCAGAAUAUUAGAAAAAGAGAAGAAUAACGCAGACUCUACAAACAAGACAGUUGAUGAUAAACUAAAGAAUAAAGAAGUGACUCAGAUAAGUACCAGAGCAACAGUCAUCAAAUCACCAGUAUCGAAGGGAAAAGUAUUAGAAACCAAAAAAUCGAAAACUCUUGAACCUCUUACUGAGCCCUCUAUAGUGGUCAACGUAGACAAACCUACAGGGAUAUUUGAACCAUCUGUAGAUCUAGAAGAUCAAAUUCCCAAGACUUCAAUCUGUGUUAAUAAUAUAUUAGCAGACGCCAAUAAGAAUAAAUUGAAAACAAAGGGCAAUGAUGCCAAACCCGUAAAUUCUUUACUUGGUCCAAUCGACACUGAAUCUGAUAUACCCUUGGCGUUAAUUUCGGAAACUUCUGAUCCGAUAAUAAGACCUAAAAGGGGUGAAUCUAUCGCUGCAGUAUUAUCAGAUAAAAUCCAAGAAACUACAAGUGGUCACAACUUACGCCAGCCUAAGAGAAAUUUAAGUAAUGAAAAUGAUGACAGUAGUGACAAUAAAAAGAAGAAAAAGCUAAAUAACAUAUUGCGGGAGAGUAAACUAGUCUUGCCUACAAAAUUACUAGUUCCGAAGAUACAAGCCGAAAGGUUACCUAUGCUAGAAGCUACCAAGAAAGUAACUACACAAUUGAAGAAAUCAGAAGAUAAUGAUUCUAGUGAUAAUAAGGUUAUAGACGCCUCUAAGAAAAAGGCAAGACGACGGAAAGCUAUAAACAGAACAGGUUUCCCAAGUAUCAAAAAGAAGAAGAAGAAGAUUGAUAUUAACAACAGCCACAGUGUAGUUUCUGACGGUCACCUGACUUCAGAAGAUACUGAUAAUAAUUCUGCUUUUGAAAGAGUACCAAAAGAUGGCGAGGCAAUGAGCAGCUUUUUAGAAAGAACAUCUUCCAAGAAACCAGAACUUAAGGUGGUACUAAAUAAAGAUGAGUGCCCUAAACAAGGGCGAUUGACUGUUGUCGCUCUUGAAAAAUUGCAAGGAAAAGAGAUUCCUGCAGACAAUAAUAAUAAAUCUACUUCAGAAAUAACGCCGCCUGAGAAGAAGAAUACUAGUUCGUCUAUUUUGAGAGCUCCGUCAUUACAAUUAAAGCACAAUAAAAACGAAAAAUUUAUCAAAAGUCACGUUAAUAAGUGGGAGGUGUUUAGUGAAACAGAUAGUAUUAGAUCACUCGGUAGUUCGCUCAGUAAUGACCCAGAAGAUAGUAUACCAUUAAGUUUAUUAAAUUUAAAAGCAGAUAGGCCUGUAAAUCGUGUCGAAAAUAUAGAAAGACUGAAGCGUAAAACGCGUGCAUUAUCGCCUUCGCAGGAAAUCGAAGAAAUAUUCUCUAAGAGGAAAGUAGUGGACAGAAACUGUAAAAUGGGUCUUAGGCCAAAAUCAAGUUUAGCUAUUUUAUGCCCCACUGAAAAAAGAUUAACUAGAAGUUCUGAUAAUACCACUGACGAAACAAAGAGUAAAUCCAAAAAGACUGAAAACAAAAAAAUCCCUGUUGAAACGGAAAAGCCUGCGAAGCCUAUCGGUAUAGCUGCAAGAAGGAAGUCCAGAUCGUGUCAAAUGAACAAGAAGGCUCCAGAAGUUCUUUCCAGUUCAAGAGAAAGUUCUCUAGACACUGUAGUUAGUCGUAAAAUGAAUUCGAAAUCCCGCGAGCCAUCAUUAGACAACCUACGGGAUCACGAUGAAAACGAUCCGUUACCACUUAACGAAAAGGAGAUCGAUUUUGAGAAAAGUAUCGAUGUGCUAUCUAAAAGUAUUAUUUGUAAAAAACGGGUCGCCUCCUCACGCGAUGACAGUCCAGCGAGUAGUGUCGAAAAUAGAGAUAAACCCACCGUGUCGAAGCGGAAUCCACGGCUCAGAAAAAAGUUCUUGGCUGCUGGAUUGUUCUCUGAUUAUUACAAAGAAGAACCAAAGCCAGAAGGAAAAGGCAAGAAUCAGGUGACGCAGUUGGAGUUCCCGCCGGGCCUGCUGGCGCCCCCACCAUACUGCGAGCGCUGGGUGCGUCGGCGUCUGCAACACUUCACGCUGCCCUACGACAUCUGGUGGCAGCAACACUACAAUCAGCCAGUGCCUUCGUGGAACUACAAGAAAAUUCGCACAAAUGUGUAUUACGACGUGAAACCAUCCGCUGAGGAGUGUGAGAGCGUCGCUUGCAAUUGCGCUUCAACGUCCUGCUGCAACGAAGACUGCAUUAAUAGACUGGUAUUUGCGGAGUGUUCGCCGCAGCUAUGUCCUUGCGGUGACAAAUGUAAGAAUCAACGUAUCCAACGUCAUGAAUGGGCCUCGGGACUGGAAAAGUUCAUGACUGAGAACAAAGGCUGGGGCGUCCGGACAAAGCACAAGAUCACUUCUGGAGAUUUCAUACUGGAAUAUGUCGGCGAAGUGGUGUCCGAUAAAGAAUUUAAGGAGCGCAUGGCGACGCGGUACGCGCGCGACACGCACCACUACUGCCUGCACCUCGACGGCGGGCUCGUCAUCGACGGACACCGCAUGGGCGGCGACGGACGCUUCGUCAACCACUCCUGCCGCCCCAACUGCGAGAUGCAGAAGUGGACCGCCAACGGCACAUUUAGAAUGGCACUAUUUGCGCUGCGGGACAUCGAUCCAGGAGAGGAGCUCACUUAUGAUUAUAACUUCUCUCUAUUUAACCCGGCUGUGGGUCAGCCGUGCAAGUGCGAUUCGGAAGACUGCCGCGGCGUAAUCGGCGGUAAAUCUCAACGCAUCACCAAACUACCGGUAAAGACGCAAUCACGCACGCCGUCAAACGCGUCCAACCAAUCGCAGGGCUCGAACGGUAACGCGCCGCGCGUGGGACGGCCGCGGAAGGCGAUGAAAUGUAACAAAAAGUCUGAACAACAGGCGGUCAGCACUUGCGAUAUAAAGAACAUGACCAUACUCAAAUACCAGCAGCACCUGAACAAACUGUGGCAAGAGCCACAGAUGAAGCCGCUCACGGCAAAGGAGAGGAAUUUGGUUAAGGAACGGCAUUGUUUCCUGUUUAGGAAUUUGGAGACGGUGCGUCGUAUUCGUGACCGGUUGUCAUUAGCCUUGCCGCCGUCCCCUACUACCCCACCCCCUGCGCCGCCCACGCCGGCACCCGCCACCGUGUCGCCCGCCCCAGUCGUCGUCAACGUGAACCCACUGGAGCUACCUGAUACCAUGAACCCGGAAGUGUUCAUCUCAAGACUGCGGAUGUUGAGGUCUCUGCGCGAUGAUCAUGUCAAGCGGCUGGUGCGCUACGACGACGAUCCGUCGCAGCCGAAGAAGGAGCGACUAGUCAAUGUGCUAAAAGCGCUUUAUGGAGUCCUUGUAUCUGCAAAAGACGAAAAGGACAGGUCGUUGUUCAGUAGCGUGGUGAAGGCGAAGGCGAGCGGUGGAGCGAGUGGCGGCGCUAGUGGCGGUGCGGGCGAGCUCAAGGCGCUGGAGGCGGGCGUGGCGGGCGCGCUAGCAGGCGGGCGGUACGAGUCGCUGUCGCAGUUCGACGCGGACGUGUCGGCGCUGCUGGCCGCCGCCGCACGACACCACCCGCGCGGCUCCGCGCUUGCCGCCGCCACCGCCGCGCUCAGGAAGGUGUAUAACUCUGUGAAGCCUGAGUUUGCAGAAGUUCUUACCAAAAUACUUGGUCCUGAAGAACCUUUGCCAGCUGGAUUCCUGCAAAAAACCAAAACUGAAGAGGUGAUAAUGUGCAUCUGCGGUCUGCACGUGGAGGAGGGUCUGAUGGUGCAGUGCGGCAACACCCGGUGCGGCGUGUGGCAGCACGCGCGCUGCAUGCGCGUCGCCGACACCACCGACCCGCACUACUGCCAUCUCUGCGAGCCUAACAAGGUGGACCGCGAAAUACCCCUUGAUGAGUACACAGAAGAAGGUCAUCAAUUCUACCUGACGCUAAUGCGGGGUGACUUACAAGUGCGUCAGGGUGACACGGUGUACGUGUUGCGCGACAUCCCCAUCGACGAUAAACACCCCGACGUCAGCCAGAAGAACGGAGAGAAGAACGAAUCGCCCAAGACCAAGCGAGUGGACAGAAAGAAAGUGAAAAAUGUAGCCAAAGCAAAGGAUAAGGCUGAGGAAUCCACUGCCAAUAAAGAGGGCGAAGUUCGCAAGCACACGUACCAGACGAUCGGCGAAGUGCCGGUCUCUGAGCUGGACAUAUUCCGCGUGGAGCGUCUGUGGAAGCACAAGGACACGCAGGAGCGAUACGUGUACGGCCACCACUAUCUGAGGCCGCACGAGACUUUCCACGAACCAACGAGAAAAUUCUUCCACAAUGAAGUAAUGCGUGUGCCGUUGUAUGAGGCGGUGCCAAUAGAGCUGGUCAUGUCGCAAUGUUGGGUCAUGGACCUCAACACUUUUUGUAAGGGUCGCCCGGUGGGUGCCCGCGAGCCGCACGUGUACAUCUGCGAGCUGCGUGUGGACCGCUCGGCGCGUCUCUUCACCAAGAUCUCGCGGCCCAAGUAUCCCAUCUGCACCAAACCGUACGCCUUUGACCACUUCCCGCAGCGGCUCAAGAUUACAAGGACUUAUGCGCCUCACGAAGUUUCCCCAGAAUAUUUGAAGGGAAGGGCGGCCAAAAAUGCCGCCUCAAAUGACAAGUCUAACAAGCAUGUUGUAAAUAAAGAGGCGAAAAAGAAGUUGCCCACGGUCGCUUACGCUGAUAAUGCGAAGAGUGGAGGCUUGGGGGUGGUAUGCGGUGGCGCGAGUGGCGGUGGUGUCGGCGGCGGCGUGGCCCGCGCGGCGCUGCAGAAGGAGCGCGUGAACAACAUCGCGCGGCGACUGCUCGGGCUGCUGGGCCGCGGCGCGCUCGACGCGUCCUACCUGCUCGCGCCGCGCCGCCACACGCGCGCCGCCUCCUGACCCUGCGCGCUGUGCCGCCGCCACACCGCACGCCACACCGCCCGCCACACCAUCCGCCACACCGCCCGCCACACCGCCCGCCACACACCUCGCAACACCAGGCCGCAACCGUAAUGCGAUGUGAACGAAUCUCUACUAACAUAGUAAUGUGCCGACGUUGUGACCUUCGACUAUGUGUAUUUUUAUAAAACUAAUUGUAAAAACAAAUCUUUCCCUCGGUAUUCUUUCCUGCGUUAUGAUCUUGUGCUAAUGUUUUAGUGGUGACUUAUUUAUUAUAUGGAGAUAUGAUUUGUUGUAAAUGUAUCCGGACGAAGUGACCGUGGGGUUUGCGGGCAGACGUAAUCUCAAAUGUAUUUUAGUUUAAGAGUAUGUUUUACGUUUAUUGCGCCGAAGCUGUCUAGUUUACAUGUGCAGUGCAGCGAGAAUAUUCGAAUUAAAUUUGUAAGCUAACGGUCAAAUGAAUAGUUAUAUUUUUACAUAAGACACUGAUUUAUUGUUAUGAUAAUAAAAAAAAUUAUAGGCUAAUGAAAUAAUUAGUUAACGACCACUGGUGCGAACUGAUGUUGAAUGUUGAAGAGUUUUAAUAGAGGUUAGACACAGAAGCGUUGUUUGAAGGUUGUUAAUUUAAUAUUUAGCUAUUAAUAUUUUACUUUAUAAUCUUCCGUUACAGUAAGGAUGAUAUAAAGUUUGAAUCAUCUGGUCACUUGUACACCUACAAUGUUGUACGUUAUGUAAUAGCACUGUCAUGCCUUAUGUCGUGCACAUUAAAUCUCUCUAUUUUUUUUUAUUAUUUUUUAGUACAAUAAGUUGUAUAUAUUUUUAGCGUUUAAGGUGGUUGGUUGUUUUAUUUUCAGUAUAAAUGGUAAUAUAUGGAGAGGUGAUCGAACCUCCCGGCGAUUGCGUUUCACCGCUUUCUUUACCUUAGUCGUUUGCGUUAUGCGGAUUUUUUUCUUGCUAGCCUUUAUAUUGUGAUCACGGAGAACAAAGUUGUUUUUGUUUCUAAUUUAUUUGUAAAAUACUGUUAGUUUUUAUACAUUUUUAAAUGUCUCUUGACUUAUCUUUUCAAUAACUUUUUGUGUAACAAUAAGUUUUAGUAAGAUUAGUAUUUUCCUUGCUAUGCUUUUACUCAUAAUAUUAUUAACAAGAUGGUAUUUACUUUAGGGUACAUUGAUCCCAAAAUCUAGUACAAAUAUUUACCUUCAUCACUCUACGCGUCGACAGAGGUAUUAUCACGUUCACAGAGUAUGGUAACUGUUCGUUUUCUUUUAUAUACUCUAACACACAUUGUACUAAGGUUAGACGAAUCGUAGAUAGUAUUGUUGACAGUAAAAUAUAAUAAAUAGCCAGGUAGCGUACUGUACUUGCACCCUCUAACGUAAUAUGUUUGCUCUGUAAGUAACGGCAGUUGUACCUAAUGUUCACGUUUUAUUCAUGGAAUUAAUCUAUAGUGACUGUUAGCUAAAUCAGAAAGAUUCCCUUGUGUACUUAAUUAGUUAAAAUAGUUUUCAAUAGUCAAUAACAUAAUAAUAGCCGUAAGAUACCAUAUUUUCAUUGCUUCGUGUUGAUAAAGUACGUAAUAUAAUAGAAAACCUGUUAAAUAGUGUAGCUCACUUCAAAUCGGUAUAUUAUGUAUUUUGGGAUCAAAAUUUGGAUUUAGUUUCCCACUGGCAUACAAAUUGUAUUUUUUUUGUGAGAGAUAGAGACCAUUGAAUCAAGUUAUAUUUAUUUUGAAGAAUGUUGAAUAUAUUUAAAUCUUUUGUUACAAAACGUAUAGUGUCUAAAAUUACUUUUGUGCUAUUUAUAUUGUAGUCAUGAAAGAUUUAUAUGGUUUUUGUCUCUGGUAUUAUCUGUUUGGGUUACAAGAUUAUACUUUAUAAUGUAAUGAGCAGCUUUACUAUUUAUAUCUAUGUUUUAAGAUGCCAUUUGUUGUAAACUCAUGUUUUAAUAAUAAAUUAAAAUUUGGAUCAAAUCUAA